CCCUUAGAAGGUAAAUAAACGGAAUGAAAACCAAUUGUAAAUGGAAAAGAGAAAUUUCAAGUUUUUGGAUACUGGCAGUACUGUGCCUGGAGUAACAAUUGUUGUACCCAUUGAUAUUUGAUAACAUUGUCCAAGGCUUCAGUUGAAGUUUUGUUUAUUAGGAAAAUUUCAGUAAGAUGGUCGAGGGCAAAGGAAUUAGAAAGAGAAGGGAGUUGGACAGUAACUUCCCAUGGAUAAGAACACCCCCUUACUGGGGCUUCCAGAGCUAUUCUCAUUGUAGGAGCCCGGAGACAGUGCGCAGGAAGUACACCUCGUCGGAGGAUUACUUCAAGGAAUUGCGCUCCUGGCUCCAGCAGGCCUACUUUUGGCAGAGUGUCACCGCCCACUUUCCUUAUUACCUUAUGAGCCAGCAGACACUUUUCAACCAGCCUGUCAUCUCGCUGAGUACUAAUCGUAGCAGCCACCCCUCGGGUCCUGUGCCUCGGCCAACACCGGCUGCCCAAGGCCAAGAAGCUGCACAAAACCAAAGAGAAGUCAUCGAUGGUCUAGAAUGCAGAAUACCUCCACUUUGGAAACGGAUAGUUGCUGAAGUUACGGAUUUUUUUAUUCUCUUCUUUCUCAAGUUUGCCGUAAUUUAUGUUGCACUUAACGUCUUUGAUAUCAUAGAAUUGGAAAAGAUUUUAAAUGAGUAUGAAGAUUCUAUCUUUGAGCAUCAGACUCUUUUAAAAAUGAGUGAGCGGCUUGUUAUAUUUGAACUGCUUCACAGAGUCGUUGCUUGUUUGUUUGAGACCGUUUGGCUUAAAGGCGGCACAAAUGGAAGACUCGGUGGUGCCUCGCCUGGAAAGACAUUCAUGCGACUGCGGGUCGUCCGGUGCAAGACGGUCACACCUCUUGAUACGAACAACAACCCAAACGACCAGGGUAUGGUUGUGGUGAGGCCAGGGACGGAUCUUGGCCUUGGUAUUAGUUUCCUCAGAGCAGCAAUUAAAAAUUCAGUACUUACGUUUCUGAUGCCGACGUUAUUUUAUUUCUCCUACAACAGACGAUUUUAUGACAAGAUUUGCAACACCAUUGUGAUAGAAGAGCCGAUCCGAGUCCAUCGACCCCACCAAGAUUGAUGAUGAUCACACAAGGAAACUGUUAAAAUCUAAAUUAUAUGUUAUUUAUAACUAAAUAUAUAAAUAUGUUUCUUUAUAAAUGCCAGUUUCAAAUUUUCCCAAUGAGUUAUGGUAAAAGGUAUUGUCACUUGUUACUACAAUGACGUAACUAAUUCACAUAAAUUUGACAUGUGGAACUAGGAAAAAACCUGUUAACUUUCGCACUGAAACUUUACAUUCAUAAGACCAAAUGAUUAGUAAAGCAAGAAUUAUUCCAAAUUGUUUUCGGGGGGAGGGCUUAAUUAAGAAA